UCUAAGUAGAUUUUCCCUCAUUCAAAAAAACACACUUGCAGCAAUCAAAUUCAAUCAAUUUGAUACCCGUGCGGCGCUGCUUCAAUCCAAUCCAUUUUAAUAACCGCACUCUUAACUCUAUACGACUAAUUACGGCCGCCCUGUCAACCAUGGUCUCCUUCUUCCUCCUCGUCCUCGCCGUGAUCUUGCCGGCGGCGGCCGCAGCAGCAGCGGCCUUCUACCUCCUCGAUCCCCUCCCGUGGAGUCGCAAGAGGAAGCCCAAUUACCCGCCCGUGGUCGGCACAAUCCUCCACCAGUUCCUCAACCUCAACCGCUUAUUGGAGUUCCAAACCGACCUCUCCCGCAAGCACUCAACGUUCCGGACUCUCGCCCCCUUCUGCAACUACGUCUACACCGUCGACCCCGCCAACAUCGAGUACAUCCUCAAGACCAAUUUCGCCAACUACGGCAAGGGCAGUGUCAACUACGAUUGCAUGAGUGACUUGCUUGGGGAUGGGAUCUUCGCCGUGGACGGCGAGAAGUGGUCUCGCCAGCGAAAGAUCUCCAGCCACGAGUUCUCCACCAAGGUGUUGAGGAAUUACAGCAGCGCGGUGUUCAGAACCAACGCCGUUAGGCUCGCUAGGGUUAUCUCAGACGCGGCCAGAUCCAAUGAGGUGAUCGAGAUCCAAGAAUUGUUCAUGAAGUGCACACUGGAUUCCAUAUUCAAAAUAGGGUUUGGGGUGGAACUAAACACGCUGUCCGGAUCAAGCAGAGAAGGGAGGGCUUUCGCGAAGGCCUUCGAUGAUUCGAGUGCUCAAGUGCUUGUGCGCUACUUUGAUGUGCUCUGGAAAUUCAAGAGGUUUCUGAAUGUAGGCUCCGAAGCCCAAAUGAAGAAGGACCUCAAAGUCAUCGACGAUUUCGUCUACAAACUGAUCGAUGCAAAGAUUCAACAGAUGUCUAAACAUGUUGUUGAAUUUAUGGAGAAGGAAGAUAUCUUGUCUAGGUUCCUAGUUGAAAGAGAGAAGAAUCCUGACGAGAUGACCUACAAGUACCUGAGAGACAUUGUGCUGAACUUUGUGAUCGCCGGCCGAGACACGACCGCAGGGACGCUUUCGUGGUUCUUCUACAUGCUUUGCAAGCAUCCUGAGAUACAAGAAAAAGUGGCACAAGAGGUGAAAGAAGCAACCAAGAUAAAAGGUGAGGCAACCAUGGAUGAAUUUGCCAAAUGCUUGAGUGAAGAGGCCAUCAACAGUAUGCACUACCUACAUGCUACACUGACUGAGACUCUCCGGCUAUACCCUGCUGUUCCGAUGGAUGUCAAGUAUUGCUUCUCAGAUGAUACACUUCCAGAUGGAUUUGAUGUGAAGAAAGGCGACAUGGUAAACUAUCAGCCAUACCCCAUGGGAAGAUUGAAAUCCUUAUGGGGUGAAGAUGCAGAAGAGUUCAGUCCAGAGAGAUGGCUCGACAACGAUGGACUUUUUGUGCCGGAAAGUCCCUUCAAGUUCACUGCUUUCCAGGCCGGCCCUCGAAUUUGUCUGGGAAGGGAUUUCGCAUACAGGCAGAUGAAGAUCAUUGCCGCGACACUUCUGUUCGCUUGUAAAUUCAAGCUGUGGGAUGAGAAGAAAGCUGUCAAACAUAGGGUCAUGCUCACCCUUCAUGUUGAUGAAGGCUUGUUUCUUUCUGCACUGAUUAGGUGAUGCAAAAAUUAAAAGUGUGAAUUGUGAUAAAUUGGAAGGGAGGAAAAACUAAUCUAGCUAUGCAUCCAGCUGAAGUAUAGAAAUAAUAAUAACGGCAGAUUCAUAGGUGCAAAUGAUUACCCAGACCUCAUGAAAUGUAUUUUGAUCAGUAAAUUAUUCCCAAUAGUCGAAUCAUUGUGUAAAA